GCCUGGGUAAGAGCCGGGGCUUGCGAAAGGCGGGGCCUCCCGGCUAGCGGGCUGGGCUUUGGCCAAAAGCGCGCAGCUCAGGGCACUGAGAGCGCAGAGCGUGGAGGGCGCGGAGCAGAGUACGGGAGGCUGGUGAGGGACGUGGCUGGAGAGGGACGUGAACGCCGAGGGUCGCAGCCCGCCGCCGCGUCCACGCCAAGCCAUGCAGCCUUGGGGCUGAGCGGCCCGAUGGCGAGCAGAGCGCAUGGAGAACUUCCGUAAGGUGCGCUCCGAGGAGGGGCCCGAGGGGGGCGGCGCGGGCGCGGGUCCCUUCGCCGACCUGGCGCCCGGCGCCGUACACAUGCGAGUCAAAGAGGGCAGCAAGAUCCGCAACCUGCUGGCCUUCGCCACCGCCAGUAUGGCGCAGCCGACCACGCGCGCCAUCGUCUUCAGCGGCUGCGGCCGGGCCGCCACCAAGACCGUCACGUGCGCUGAGAUCCUGAAGCGCCGCCUGGCGGGGCUGCACCAGGUCACGCGGCUGCGCUACCGGAGCGUGCGCGAGGUGUGGCAGAGCCUGCCCUCGGGGCCCGACCACCCACCCGCCAGCCUCAGUGUACUCAAGAACGUGCCUGGCCUCGCCAUCCUGCUGUCCAAGGACGCGCUGGAUCCUCGCCAGCCUGGCUACCAGCCCCCGGGCCCGCACCCUGGUUCGCCAUCUCCGCCCACCACGCCGACGGCCAAGAGGGGUCUCGGGGACACUGUGGCUGAAGAAGGUGCCCCGAAGAGGUCGCAGCCUGAGCCAGAGGCUGGAGAUGAGAACCACACGGCCUGAGCUCCUUGAGCCACCUGGGCCGCUGGAUCUAUUUAGGGCCUCCACCUUCGGACUCACCUCCAGUUUCCACGCCUCAGUCCUCAAAAGCGCCCACAUCCUGGACACAGCACCUCAGACUGGCAGCAUGAAUCCCAAGGCGACUAGUGAGGGGACCCAGGAAUGACAGGAGAGGAUGCUAACCAGCCCGGGGAGGUUUGGUCCACCUUUGGCUUUACUGAAUUAUCCUGGGACCUUCUCUAGGGAGAGGACGCUAGCAGGGCACUCAGAGCCUUGUUUGGGACCCUGUGGCUUGAAGACAUCCAGUUUCGUGGAAGAGACCUGGACUCUGCAGCUCAGAAGACCUCUUGGAAUCACUCCCGCGCUGAGAAAUUGACUGUGUGAGGAUAGAGGAAUCAGAUAUGGAACUUGUCUGUGUUCUGCCCCCUUCCCUAGGACCAGUUCCCGUUUUACUUUCAUCCUGUUAGUACAUCCCCUUCCCCAGGUUGUCCCGGAGGGAGAGAUAGAGAUCCAGAAUGCAACUUUCCCUACCUGAGCCCCACAAGCUGGAAUCUUGCUUCCAAUAAAGCAAACGGGAAAAUGGCUGUCCCCA